AUGAGUAGCCCCCCACCUGCUCUUGCACCAGAGAUCACACCGGCCGAAACAUACCAGAUUGACAGUGAUGAAUACGAUUCAGAUCAGGAGAGAGACGACUUGGAAGACGACGAAUAUGAUAAACUAGUCGAGGAAGCCGAAAACGGAUACAGCGAUGAAGAGAUGGAGAAAUUCAUACAUCAACUGAAGGAAUCUGGCUUGGUGAAUUUCCUAAGGGAUUAUCUAUCGCAUGUUGAAGAUGGUCAGAUGAGAUCUCUCAGGAAAUUGCUACUUGGUUUCGGGAUCAUACCUCCAAUCCCACUACGUAACCCUUCUAUACCAAAUAUACAUCUCUUGCCAUUCGCGAAAAUAGCCCUAUCAAGAGUGCUACGUCGAAGACAGCGCUUGUCUCAUCUAUCGUCUUUGGAGGAUGCACUGGACUUGCUGAAAAACUCGAAUAAAAUCAUCGUACUGUCCGGCGCGGGUAUAUCAACUUCAUGUGGUAUACCGGAUUUCAGAUCGAGCACAGGUCUGUACGCUCAAUUACAGGAGGAAGGUAACUAUGACCUAGAUGAUCCUCAGCAGAUGUUUGAUAUACAUUAUUUUAGGGAAAGGCCGGAGGUCUUCUAUUCCUUUGCCAAACAGAUCUACCCUAGCAACUUCGUGCCGAGUCCCUGCCACAGGUGGAUCAAGCUUUUAGAAGAUAAAGGUAAACUGCUACGUAAUUAUACCCAGAAUAUAGAUACUUUAGAAAGUUUAGCUGGAGUGGAAAAGGUAUUGCAGUGUCACGGCUCAUUCAAAACAGCUUCAUGUCUGCGCUGUAAGACCCGUGUACCAGGACAGAAUAUUGAACCAUUCAUCAUGUCACAGCAAAUUCCCCACUGUCCCAAAUGUCGCGAGGAAGCUGAUCGAAGGCAGCAAAUGAGGAAAGAAUUGAAGAACGGCAAAGGUAAAGGUAAAGCUUUAUGGGACGAUGAUGAGGAAGAAGAGGAAAAUGAAUGGGGAGGUGGUGAGCCUGGUAUAAUGAAGCCUGAUAUAACAUUCUUCGGGCAAGCUCUUGAUUCGGAGUUUGACGAGUGCCUGUUCAAGGAUAGGGAAGAGGUGGAUCUAUUGGUAAUCAUAGGAACAAGUCUGAAGGUUGCUCCAGUCAGCGAGGUAUUGACACAUAUACCACAUUCUGUACCUCAGAUAUAUAUCAACCUCACACCUGUCCAUCACGUCAAACCUGAUAUUUGUCUUCUAGGUGAUGCAGAUAGUAUAGUAACAUAUCUAUCGUCAAAGUUAGGAUGGACGAUACCAUCACCCGCAGCGAUACCAUUGCCAUCAUCACCUAAUGUAAACCAGAAUGGAGAUACUCGAGACGUAGAAAGGAAAAUUGAUAGAGCGACUCAUGUGGCUGUACCUCCAGAGGAGGGCGAAUGGAUCACAGGAAAGGAUGAUGCCUCGCACAUCCAUUUGUAUCGAAAGAAAGGAGAUAUCUCAUUCGAAGAAAGUACAAUGCCUAACGAUAAAAACACGGACUCUUCAUCAACCCCUGCUUCAGGAGAUACUCCCAUAGAUCCUACCAAAAGGGAGGUCGGAGCGGAAGACGGAGAAGAUAUCCCAACGGUCGAGCCUUUACAAGUAGGUGGAGGCGAACCUGAAGCUCAAGAUGGAUAUAUAAGCGAUGAGAGUGAUAUAGGUGAAGAGAGACCUUCGAAACGUGCUAGAGGAGAAUGA